GUAACUCUAAGCAGUGCACAACGAGGUGAAAUUGAAUUAUGGUUAACAUCUCCAGCUGGAACUAUUUCUCAACUUUUAAGUAAACGACCAAAAGAUAUUGAUGUUGCUGGAUUUCAUGCAUGGCCAUUUAUGUCUGUACAUUAUUGGGGUGAACUAGCCAACGGUACAUGGAAAUUGACAGUUAAAUCAGGAAAUGCUGUUGUAUCAAUUCAUGACUGGAGCUUAAUUCUGUAUGGAACAAAUACUCCUCCACCAUCUGUACCUAGUUCUUCGCAUAGACGAGGUGUCAGACAACUUCCCAGAAAUCAAGAAUCUAAUCCUUCUGUAAAAUCUCAAAAAACAUGGAUUGAUCCACAGAAAGAUAAAUUUCAUUCUUCAAAAAAUUCACAACAACCUCAACAAAAAUCCAUUGAAACAUCAAAACAUCAUUCCUUAGAUUCUGUUUUAAAUCCUUCUAAUGAAGAAAAUAGUGAUCAUGGUGGUUCUUUUGGUUUGCCGGAAAAUCAAAACUCUUAUCCUUAUCCACCAUUUUACUAUUUGAACAAUCAAAACUCCUAUCGAUAUUGGCCUACUUGGAAUAGUGAAUAUCAAAGUUUGUCACCUGUUCAAGCUCCACUUCCACCACCUCCUCCGCCUCCUCCUCCUCCUCCACCACCACCACCACCACCACUGCCUGUUCCAACAAUUUCUGUUUUGUCAUUGCCAUCAUCGCCAACAUCACAAUCUUCAUCCUCCUCUUCUUCUGUCGGUUCAAAUUCCUUAGCCUCUCCUUCUUCAUCAUCAUCAUCAUCAUCAUCACAUGAAUUUUAUUCACAUUACUAUCCACAACCUUCUAUUCCAUUGUCUUCUACUAGUCAUUCAUCAUCUGCAUCAACUAAUCACGGUGCUGGUUUAGACGAAUCAAAUCCUUCAAUGGAUUUUGAUCUGUCAUCAUUAGUUGUACAGUCAAAUGAUUUCAAUCAUAUUCAAGCAUUGAAUACACAUGAUCGAAAUGAUUAUUCUGAACAAGAAUUCAGUUUAUCUUCAAAUAAUAAUGAACAACAGUAUUUAAUGCAUCCAGACGAAUCGUUGCAACAACAUAAUCAUCAUCGAAUUGAAAAUCAUCACAAUUCUAUUGAUGAUGAUGAUGAUGUGAAUAAUAAGAAUAAUUCUGUUUAUUCUGUCAUUGUAAAUCCAAUCAAUGCAUUAUUCUCUUUGAUUUUAUUUAUUUUAUUUGUAUACUGAAUAGAAGGGAAAAACAAUUUUCAGUUGUUUUCUCUUUUAUCUUCGUGUUGUUGUUGUUGUUGUGUGUGUCGCACGCAACAAAGUCAUUUCAUUGUGUGUGUCUGUUCAGCUUCAAUUGAAAUAAUAGAUUGGUGUCCUUUUGUGUGUGUGUAAAAGUGCCAUUCAAUUAUUUUGAAAAGAAAAAAAUACUGUCAAUAUUGAAUAUUGUUUUUAGGGAUUUAAAAAUUUUUUCGUGGAAAAAAAAACUGAGAAAGUAUCAAACAUUGUAUUUAUUUCAAUUUCGGUACAAGUUUUUUUUUUAUGGGUUAUCGUGUUAGGGGAAUUGUUUUUUUUUUUGUUUUAAGAAUUUUAUUCGAUGUCGUCUGUUUUGCUUAAUUCAACUUUAAAAAAAAACACAUAACACUCCUCAGGCUUUGCUUUCAAACUUAUGACGAUGAUUUAGUGUUCUGAUGAUUAAUGUUCUAGCUUCCUUCGAAUGCGUACAAUUUGAUUUUCCUACCAGUUGAUAUGUCUUCUUCACAUUGUUUUCUUUAUUUACUCUGUUUGCAUUCCUUUUUAUUUUGUGUGUACUAUAAAAAAUGUGUUUCCCUACUAUUGAUUGUCAUUUGUUUCUGUGACUGUAUAUAGACACACACACACACAUAUAUAUAUGUAAAAUUAAAAUGAAACUUUGAAAUUCUUUGAAGUGGUGGUGUAUCUUGUUUUGUUUUGUUUUUAUUCAUAUUUUCAUAUUUUUAAUUUAACCAAUCUAUAUGCACGCACAUAUUGUUACAUAAUCUCCAAUGAUACCAAAAAACAAAGGAGUGUAUAUUUUAUUCAUGAAGUCAAAUAACUUCAUUUCUUCUUUUAUCGCACAAUCUAUGGAUUCUAUGCAAAUGGUAUUUUUAGCAAUUUUUAAAAAUUA